AAAAAAAUCGUAGCUUCCUGUUUGUAAAGCGUGGGACAACUUUAUCAAUAACAAUAACGUCUUUGACAAUAACAGAAUUUGAAUUCAGCGGUAUAAUACAUGACAUGUCUUCUCUCAAAGUGCCUUUACUGCCAAAGCAGUCAGGUGAAUUUAUUUCUAAGCUAGCGAAAAACGUCAGUAUUCAAAGUAAUGGCGUUGUAGCUUUGGCAAAAGAGAUCGUGGGGAGACUGAAGGACAACUCGCUGAGCGUGCAGAACUUCUCCCAGCACGAACUGCACCCCCAGGUGGCCGAUCGCGCGGCGGUGGACUGGAUAUUCACGGUCGAUACGCUCAACUUCAGCUUCUGGGCCGAGGGGGACGGCUCCCGCAAGUGGGAGGUCGAAUUCAACGGGAAGAAGCACACGGGCUACUUCGCACUGUGCGCCGCGGUCAACAGGGCUCUGCAGGAGGGGGUGCCGGUGACGCGAGCGGAGUUCUGCGCCUCGGUGGGCCGGCAGGCGCUGGGGCAGGUGCUGCGGUCGGCCUCGGGCGUCGAGGCGCCCCUGCUGGGGGAGAGGGCGCUCUGCCUCAACGAAGCGGGCAGGGUUCUGCUGGACAAGCACCAGGGUUCAUUUGUGAAUUGCAUCAAGAAAGCAGAGAACAGCGCUCAGCGUCUGCUAAAAAUCAUCGUCGAAGAUUUCCCUUCGUACAGAGAUGAAGCAGAGUAUGAGGGAUGCAGAGUUUCAUUUUACAAACGAGCGCAGAUUUUGAUUGGUGAUAUCUGGGCGUGCUUUGAAGGCAAGGGAUUCGGAUACUUCGCAGACAUAGAUACUAUCACUAUGUUUGCAGAUUACAGGGUUCCUCAGUCACUGGUACAUUUUGGUGUGCUGCGAUACAGCGAUGAGUUGAUGGCAAAGCUGAAGUCUGGGGUGCCCCUGGAGAGCGGCGGCCGCGACGAGGUGGAGAUCCGGGGCUGCAGCAUCCGGGCGGUGGAGCUGGUCAGGCGGCGGGCGCUGGAGCUGGAGCCCGGCCUGGAGUCCCGCCUCAACUGUGUGCUGGUGGACCACUUCCUGUGGGACUUCCGGCGGGAGCAUGCCGCCCGGCUGGAGGCGGUGCCCUUCCACAGGACCCGCUGCGUCUACUACUAGCUGCCACGCGGGUUGCAGUUUACAACAAGAAACUGCACGAGCAAUCAGCACUGCCGGGGCAGACGACAUACGACACAUCUUUCUUUCGAGGAGCAUCUUGGUGUCAGCACGAGAAACUGCAUGUUCACCCAGGCACGGUUCACCAGCGCAGUCUUCAAGGUGGAGGUGAGAGGUCACUGAGAGGUCACGGCGCCUGCUUGAGGCUCUCCC